ACCAGUGCACAGCCCCGGGGACCAAUAGUCGCUAAACGGUGAAUGUGCCGCGUGUAUCUAACCGCACUUCAGAUUGAAACGUCAUCGAUCAACAGAGCCAUUUAACAAUCAUCGUAACCCUAUGUACGAGAAUCGUUCUAACUAUUGCCUAGAGAAACAACGCCGAUAAAGUGGUGAUAGAGUGACCUAAGCAACGGUGGUGAAUAACGCGGGACGCUCGAAUCGACCCGUUCGACGAGACAACGCGUCGAUCAGAGCCGAGAGAGGAGAGGACGUUUCGCGACGUCGUCGAAGACACCCCCUGUUUUGCGUAUCGACUGAGACUUCUGCAAAGAGCAAGGGAUUAAUCAUCGGGAACAGACUUCAAAUAACACGAUAACGAGGAUCGAGGGAAUGACGGGAAGGUCCAGUACCAAACGAACGGGCUUGUGUCUGCUGGCACUAUUGCUGUGCUGCUUCACCAGCGACAACCUCUUCGUCGCCGCAGAGCCAGAACCGAUUCCAGCGGAGCUGCUCUACAGCGACAAUUACAUUAACAACGCCGAGAGUUUCAUUCUACUAAACAAGCUGAGUCAAGUGAUCGAGGAAAGAAAGGACACCGCGGAAAGGGGGAAAGAGUUAGAGAACGAGCAGAUGGUUAUUCAAUCGGUGCUGGACGCCAGGGCGAAGACAAAGACGAGACUUCCCCCGGGUGACUAUUCCAUCGAGGAACUACCGACGCCCAAUGCCGUCGUAGGGCAAAUGCGACGUUCGGGGAAACGUACCGCUGCAUUAAGCUAUAUGACCCUGUGCCACUUCAAGAUCUGCAACAUGGGACGCAAGCGGCAGUUGCACAAAUAAAAAACCGGCAAAUGAAUCGUUCGCGGACGGCGGCCACGUCGAGAAUGGUCGAGCCUCUUGCGCGGUGCACCCUCUGCCACGAAAGCCAACCGAAACCUGCGCGAACACCACGAAAACCAUGAAGAAGGACCAUGCGACACAACGGAGAGGAAUUCGCGACGCUCGCAACGCAACGGUGCAGCGCGAAGGAGCAGCAAGCGAUCUAUUCCAUCAGACGAAACCGGCUUUUCAAUCAGCGACGAAUUCUCGGUUCUCUCCGAUCAUCUUCUUUGUGAAUUUCUACUCGACUCUGUCGAAAAAACGACUCGAUUCGCGCCAAAUCCAUAUUCAAGCUCGACCUCUCGAAACGUCCGACAAAUUUUCGACGAUUUCGUCGAUCGAUGCCAGGGAUGGGCAAAUUCUCAUCCGGAUAAAAAAGUAACGAAAGCGUAGAAUUUUUUUAGGAAUUUUGUACAGUUCAAAUUGUACAAUUGUAUUUGUUUUAGCAGUCAACAGUCUGAAUAAUUAUUAAAUCGAACGAAUCUUGCGAAGCAGUAGAUUUUACAAAGUUUGAAUAAAAUUCUGCCCAUCUCUGUUCGAGAUCCAAUCCACGCACGAACAGAAAUCGUAAACGUUUCUGCAGUUUUCGUCGCACCGUUUCAGGAGUCUCGUGUCGAAUCGAGAAAAACUCGACUUCUCGUGCAAUCUACUAAUUUCUGUGUCGAUCAUUUCUCGCUGAUUUUAUGAUUCGACCCAAUAAUUCUCGACCGAAAUAGUUUCGACUUCAACUCCCUGCUUUAAACAGAUAUAGGCAAAAUUCUCAUCCGCAUACGUAGAUACAAAUUUCAUAUGACGAAUAAAAGGUGAACGUUCAUUACUCGUUAAAUAAACGUUAGAAUCCGAAUUAUAGCAUGAAAUAUUUCCUAACGGUAAACAAAAAUUGCGCUGUUCACUCGAGUAAAUUGCUAUACUAUCAAUUAGUCGAAUAAAAUAUUGCCUAUUUCUGGCUUUUCACGAUUCGAAAAUUCUAGUUUGCUAGAACCCGCGACGAUAUCUGUCAGUUAUGUUCUCGCUUUCGUUUCGAGAGACGUCAACGAGAGACUUCGUACGAAUUGUAAAUAAUCAGGAUCGAGAGAUUUCAAGAGGUUCGAGCAUUGGAUUCCGUCUUGCGAAGAAACAACCAAGACCCACCGCGUCGCCCUUUCCACUCUGCACUGAGACUGUGACUACGACCGUGACCGUGACUGUGACGAGCAUUUUCCGAAGCUUCCGUGAGUAGUUCGCUCCUUCGAAGACGAUAAGGACGUUUUCCGACUGGUUCGGACGCGUCCCGGCCGGGGAUGUUCGAUUUUUGUAAAGGAAAAUCGAUUCUGAGACCAAUUUCGAAUCGAAACGAUCGGAGUCGAUUCUAUAAGUACUGAAUUCCUGCGAAACAAAUUAACAAAAAAUGCUUUUCUAAUUACAGUCUUUAUCUAAGAAGAAAACUAGAGGAAAAUAAGAUCCACGCGACCCGAACGAAAUCUUUCGUUGCAAGAUGGUCGGGACAACUAUACAAAAUUAAGAAUAUUUCGAGGGAAAGAAAACGCGUUCCUUUCCUUUAAACAUUUCUUCAAAAUUUGACAAAUUUAAAUUAAAUUUCAAAACUGCUACUAAAUUGCACACUAAUUAUUCGAGUUCCUUUUUUUAAGUGUAUCCAAUUUCUAUUGUUACUUUAUGCUUUUGAGUAUAUUUUUAUUUUUAUUACUUUGUUUCGUAUUUUUCUAUAUUUUUUUAUUUACACUUUGGUAAUUUGAAUAAUAUUUAAUCGUUUUUAGAUUUAUUGGAUAUUUAUAUGCGAGACAUAGCAAAGGAAAAGGAUAAGCAGAAAUCAAGCGAUAAAUUAAUCACUGCUUUUGAAAAUAAUUGUUCAAUUGGAACAGAUGUUUCUGCGAGUGUUAGAUAAUUGAUCCUAAUUAUAAAAACAUUUUACACUUUAUCGAAGGUUGGACUUGACGAGGAUAUCGAUUUACAUCCAGAAGAAUCGAUUCGUAUCAGAAUCGAACAUUUAAGAUACAAUUUUAGAAGAAAAAAAGAAAACGAUAAUAGCUUUAAAACAGAUGAAUUCUCUAGAAGAUCGAUUUAGAAUCGAACAUCCCAUCGAAACGAAACGAUGGAACAGUGAGAGCGAGAUACGAACGCUUCUAGUAUUCUGCAGUAUAAUAAUUUCAUCCGGAGAUCAAGGACACUUCAUUCGUGACCGAAUAAUUGUCUCGUCUGUAUUACGACUGGACGAGACAAACAACAGGACAACCUUUUCUGGCAUUGGUCGACGCCAAAUAUUUUGGCUAAUCAAAAACUCUCUUCUUUGAACCACCAAUUUUCUCUUACAAACUACUUCGUUCACUUACUUGCCACACACAUUUCAAAGAUGGGCAAAUUUCUUAUCUAGACUAAAGUUUCCGAUAACAAAUAGGAGAUGAACAAUCUAGAAUCCGUCAUUUGUUCCGUGAAAGUGAAAUUACAUUUCACGUUGCACAAAUAAAAUUGAUACUAUAGAAGGUAAUUGAGAAUCAAAUUUCGCCCAUCUCUGACGUUUUCGUACUUAAACAGAUGGCAUAUGACACAAGGUUUACGUAAUUAAACUGGUAGAGUAGCUAGACGUUAUAGUAAGAUUUAAACUACGAUUACAUUGAGUGGCGAAAAUAUUUGGCUAUUAGAUGGACAGAGACAGAACAGUUCGUUCACGAAAAAAAAAAAAUAGAAAGAAAAUUCACGUUUGGCGAGUGACGUGUCCUCAGCAUGCCAUUCGAUGGAACAUCGAAAUGGCGGAUAGGUAUUUAUUCGUUAGCUUUAAGUGAGAAGGGUGCAAGGGCCGAGGCUCCGAUAUUCUCGAAACUGUCUUUAAAACGGCGAAAACAAAAAGAAAAUAUGAACAGUAUAUAAAAUAGGAAAAAUUAUUGUAACGUCAAAGAAAAAAAAAAAAAAGAAAAAAAGGAAAAACAGUUUUAAAGGAAACUUGUAACGUUGAAAAUAUAAUUUGCAUGGAUCUUGGUGUCUUCUAUUAGCGAGCGAAAUAUUAUGCGCAAAAGUAGAAAUAAAUAAAUGAAAUUGUCGAUAGCAGAAAAUGAGAUGCGAGAACAGUAUUUUUCUUCGACGAGAAAAUUUCUCUCGAAAUUGUAUCCAAAAGUGUCUACAUCGUUGGAAACUUAGAAAGAGAAAAAAAGAUAAAUCCAAGAAAUAAAUGUAAUUACAGGAAAUUAACAGAGACAGGUAAAGAGAGGCCGCCCGCACCCUUCGACGAAUUAUUUAUAAUCGUUUCGUAUGAAGAAACGUGUAACGCGUUUGUAUAGUCUUUUUAUGUGCCCUCUUUAUUUAUUUAGUCCCGCUAGUUUAUCGACGUUUAGUCCAAAAAAUAGUAAUCGAUACUUUGUAAACUUCGUACGCGCGAUUAUAGUAUUGUUUUCUACGGAUACCUUAUUUUUCACUGUUUAUAAUUUAAAUACAAUCUACGUGCACGUUA